CUGCUCAUUUUAAAGGCCCCUUAAAGAGUGGCGAAUCAGUUUAAAUAUAAUCGGACAUCUUUUAUUUUUAAUAACAACCAAAUAUUUUGUAUAACUAAACCAAGAUAGACCCCAGUCUGUAGUUUCCAACGGGAACAAAUGAGUCAUUCUGGUCAGAACAAGCAAGGAGCCAAGCAGAGUUCCUAUUUCUGUUAGGAAACGCCUUCUCUGUACAAUAAACUCAAUUCGCCCUUUCGCACCUUCUAAACAACGCGAUUUAUUAAAACGUUUGCAAAGGGUAAAGUCUACAAAACUUAGUCCAAUCUGUUCAUAACACAUUUUAGUUUUGGGAACAGACAACUGUAUUGAGAACAAUUAUUUAAUCGAUGAGAACAUUUUGCAGAAUAUCGGCCAAAAUCCAUCUCGAUCCAUUUCCUCUCAUGGAAAUGCCAAGCGGAAGCUUCACAGUUAUACGUCCAGUGAAAUAUCUGUCUUACUGUUAUAUCUGUGACGACGGUAUAUGUGUUACAUUAUAUCUGUCCCGGUGUACAGACGAUCCAGUAAGUAAAUGUAACCGGGUUGUUAAAACGCCACGCUAGCAUUUGUAAACUAAAUCGCAGGGAUUUUAAUUAAUUCUAUUUGGUAGUGUGUCAAGUUGACGUGGUGCAAAUAAUCACUGAUUCACUCUUACAGAAUCGGAUUUUCUGUCCAGCUAGCCAUAGAUAGAUAGCUAACUAAUUUUUAUUUUUUUAACGAUUUGCAACUAGCAUGCUGAUGGCUAACAACGAAUUAGUUUGUGUCCUCCGCCCAUGAAAAGCAUGCUGUUAUCUGUUCCGGCUCGCCUUAUCAAGAGAACAUGACACUCACUACCUGGUGGUGACGUGUAACUUCAGUUCUUUCAAUCUUUUUUUGACAUCUGCAGGUGCUGAAAUAAUCACUGCCCCACAUGUCCUUAUAGGCUAAUUCUGAAAAAGGAGUCUUGCAACAAGGCUUCAAAUACAUACUUUCUGCAGGAAUCUUGAGAAUAUUUAUGGCCCAUCUAGAGCAGGCAGAAUCUCAUCUGGCUGAGAUAGAGCUACUCUCUAGUAUGUACCCCGAUGAAGACGAGCUGGUGAUUACUGACCAACUAGCUGUAGCUGAGCUCAGGGAGUAUGUGGAGGGAGCAACAGAUACCUAUCCUCUGUCCAGACCACACAUCCUCAUCAAACAGAAGAUGGACACGGACACUGUGAAGGGGGUGAACGUGACCAUAUCUUGCACCUACUCAUCUGACUACCCUAAUGUCUUACCUGAAAUAGCUGUACGGUGUCCUGACCUUAGCCGAUCCCAGCAGGCCCAGCUUCACUCAGACAUGAACACCUACCUCUCAGAGAACUGCCAUGGAGAUGUCUGCGUCCUCUCUGCCGUGGAGUGGAUCAAAGACAACGUACACCUGUACCUGACCGACAAGAGCACAUCAUCAACAGCAGCCCCUGGCAAGAAAGCGUCUCGGUCUACCUCCUCAUCUCCGCAGCCCAAAGAGCAGUUCAGUCGCCUGUGGAUCUACAGCCACCACAUCUAUAAUAAGAGGAAGAGGAAGAACAUUCUGGAGUGGUCCAAGGAGCUGUGUCUGUCAGGGUUCUGUAUGCCUGGCAAGCCUGGGAUCAUCUGUGUGGAAGGCCCUCAGUCGGCCUGCGAAGACUUCUGGGCCAGGGUGAAGGUUCUAACCUGGAAGAAGAUCAUUAUUCGCCACAGAGAGGAUGUUGCUGUGGACAGUCCGAGUGCUGAGGCCAGCAUGGUGGACAACAUGGAUUCCCUCCGUAGGUUCACAGGGUUCGAGGAGGCCAUGUUUGAUCCACACGGGAACAGAGGAAACCAUAUGAACCUGGGCCAGCUCUAUCAGUACCUCAACGAGAGAGGAUGUGGAGACGUCUUUCAGCUUUACUUUGGAAUUGAAGGAAGAUAGUAUAGUUGGUAGGGUUGGUCCCAUAACUGUUGGUUGUACCCAAAUGAACACUGUACCCAAAUGAACCAAUGGCAGGAAUCAAGUACCCAAAUGAAUCAAUGGAGGGAAUCAAGUACCCACAUGAACCAAUGGAGGGAAUCAAGUACCCAAAUGAACCAAUGUAGGGAAUCAAGUACCCACAUGAACCAAUGGAGGGAAUCAAGUACCCACAUGAACCAAUGGCAGGAAUCAAGUACCCACAUGAACCAAUGGAGGGAAUCAAGUACCCACAUGAACCAAUGGCAGGAAUCAAGUACCCACAUGAACCAAUGGCAGGAAUCAAGAACCCAAAUGAAUCAAUGGCAGGAAUCAAGAACCCAUAUGAACCAAUGGCAGGAAUCAAGAACCCACAUGAACCAAUGGCGGGAAUCAAGUACCCACAUGAACCAAUGGCGGGAAUCAAGUACCCACAUGAACCAAUGGAGGGAAUCAAGUACCCAAAUGAACCAAUGGCAGGAAUCAAAGCAAUUGCACAGUAGAUGAUGCAUUCUCAGUAGGAGUCUAGUAUGACUUUAUUUGUUGUUUACUGCGUUCAUUACUAAACAGUACCUUCUAAAUAGUACGAUUAGCACAGUAUGUUGUUUCAGUAAGUAGUAUGCAAGACAGGUUUUGGACACGGCCAUUGUCUAUGGGGUGUUAUUUUUGAAUGUUAAAGAAAUCUGCUUUAUACCAAAACAAUCUACAGGUUGAGCUCAAAACUACAGACCAUUUUGUAUUAUUGAACACAGACACACGAUCCACAAAGUCCUUACAUACAGAACACAGUUGGUUCUCGGCAAAAUCCCUCUGACUGUUCUUAGCCUGACACUCACCGACCGAUGUAGCGCCUUAGGAGUCAGGGACAACAGAAAUGAAGAGAGAGGGUGCUGCUGAUCCCGUCUGCUAGCCUUUUAAAACCAUAGCUAAUCCACACAGAGAUGAGUCCACAGUAAAGUGAGAAUGGUGGUUGAGUGGGGGUUUAUUCAACCCCUUCUCAAAUACAGGCCUUGAAGUCUGAACCCGACUGGAAGUUUAUCCUUCCCCUCUAAACACAGUUAAGAUUCAGAACUGUGACACCAGGUAGGGGGUGAAUCCCUAACUACCAGGGAGAAAAGAAAAUCACCAGUGCUGUGGAUAUCAUUGCUCAGAUUUGUGUACGCCUGGUUUCCACACCUCGUCUCCUUCAGCCCCUAUUUUCAGAAGCGUCAGCUCCAAAUCCUUUGUAUUGUGAGUCCAGGAUCACCUGAAAGGUGGGAUGGUAGUUUGGACCAUACUAGCAGUCAAAUGGAACACACAAACACAAAGUGAGAGUAGUUUUACAGAUUUGUCACAAGUCUGAUCAAACUUUAUUUUAUGGUUUUAAUACAUCUCAAUACAUUCUACAAGCAAAAUACAAACGCAAAACAACAACAUGUAAAAUAUGUGAACUGUAUGAAUAGGGGUCUAUUACGCACACCUCUAGUAAGAGGCAACGCAACACCCUGCUACAACUCAACUCUCCGUGGUGUGAAAGAGGUAUGGGACUGUAGGUGGAGGUAUAGAGGUAUGGUACUGUAGGUGGAGGUAUAGAGGUGUGGGACUGUAGGUGGAGGUAUAGAGGUGUGGGACUGUAGGUGGAGGUAUAGAGGUAUGGGACUGUAGGUGGAGGUAUAGAGGUAUGAUUGUAGGUGGAGGUAUAGAGGUAUGGACUGUAGGUGGAGGUAAAGAGGUAUGGGACUGUAGGUGUGAGUAAGGAUGACAAAAGGCAGAGAAUACCGUUUACAGAGAAUUUAUUCCGUCGCACGGUAAUUUUGGGGAAAAGGGGCCGGACGGAACCAAAGCAAAGAAAGUAAAUAUCAAAGCCCCUCUCCUACCUUACCUGCCUACCCACUACUUACCUAACUAGCACCACCUGGUGACCUACCCACUACUUACCUUACUAGCACCACCUAAAUGACUGAGUUAAAAACCUCAAUGGUGCUUGGAUAGAGAAUACUGUGCUAAUGGCUAUGAAUGGUUUGGCCUGGGAGAUGAGUAACCUUGCCUUAGUACUGAAAACGUAUGUUCGCUUCCUGAACCAAUGUCUUGGCUUCAGCACAGUUCAUCAUGAUUUGCGCAUGUGAAAUACAGUAUGAGUUGCACCUGUAUAAUGAUUUUGUAGUUACAAAAAAAUAUUUGAGGAUAAAUGCAACACUUGCAAGCACAUAAUCUGUGUGUGAAUAAAUACAACACUUGUAAGCAUGUAAAUUGAUAUGUGAAUAAAUUCAAUAGGAAUUGCAAGCAUACAACUACAUUUGAAAAUGAAUGCAACUAAUUUACUAAACUUGCAACUGGUGAAUCUUCUGUGAAGCAAAACUACAUUUGUCAAUGUCGAAUCUGUGCGCUCUGAGUUUUGGCACUAAUUUAGCGUCUAACCUCUGCCAAAAGUUUUGUAGCUGCAAACAAGCACCAGAGAAUAACACGAGGUCUGGUGGACAGUGUGUUUUCUUCUGAUCAAUCCGGUCAGUUGUUGUCCUUCCUGAACGGGCUUUCACGUUUCACACGGUUCCGGUCUGGAAGCACGCUUUCCAUCGUGCUAAAUGUGGAUCAAAUUUGUUAAAAUUACCAGCUAGCUACAUGAUAUUCAAAGAAUUUGGAAGUUACGACAAGGCGUUACUGACGAAGAGAAGAAUUAAAACUAGUGGUUCCACAUAGCAUAACCGCUACAAAGCUAAUGCUAGCUAGCCAGACUCUUUUCUAUUGGCAUAACAUGGCUGGUUAGCGAGAGAGCUAACAUUUAGAGGCUUCUGGCUAGCCAGCCUCUUUUCUAUUGGCAUAUAACAUGGCUGGUUAGCGAGGGAGCUAACAUUUAGAGGCUUCUGGCUAGCCUGCAUCUUGUGGUUUCUAGCUACGUACAUGUCAUUUCUUGCUAACUAACUAAAAUGACAGCUGUAACAGAGAUUAUUAUAGAAUGGAGGAGAUGGGAAUCCCUGUGGGUAAUAAAUGGAGAGAGAACGUAUAACGCCCCACUCAGCAGACUGAUCCAAGUUGUCAAACUCAGUAACGCAAAAUCCCUUCAUCAAAGUCAACGGUAUGAGUCGAGAACCCUGCCAUUUUAUCUUCGAAAGUACGUAAUGUCACGAUUCCAAAGCUAUACGAUAUUACUGAAAACAAGUUAAUUAUCACACAUCUAGGAAAAUAUAUAUAAUGUACUUCUUUUAAAUAAAAAAAGUAAAUAAAA